AUGUCGAGAGAAGGCUGUGGACAUGGGCUCCCCGUCGCGCAAGCGUGGCCAACACGACGCGGAGGCCGGCAGCUCGCAGUCGAGCCGUGGCGCUCGGCCCAGGUGUGCAACCGCAGCGGGAGCCACGGGUGGCGGCGCUUCCGCUGUAUGAGGCGUUGUGGUCGUCGACGGAGGCUCUCCGCAAGGCGGAAAUCAUGCGCUUCGCCACGAAGGAGGCGCUGGACGCCGGUGAAGAGGGCGUCGCCGGACGCUUUCGAGGCGGUGCACACGGAGUACGAGCUCGCCUACACCAUCUACCGCUUCGCCUGCGAGUUCUACCUCGGCGUGAAGCCAUAA